CUCGCCUGCUUGGCUGGCUCCCCCACCAGCCCGCCCGUUACCCGGCCCGCCUCGCGCCCGCAGCCCGCGCCUCCAUCUGCUGCCCCGACGGCGCUCGGGGUCCGCGGCCAGCUGAGCUCACUGUGGACAUGGCCUCCUCGGAAGUGGCGCGGCCUCUGCUCUAUCAGUCUCAUAUGGCAGCAAAAACAACUUGUAUGUCUUCAGAGGCGUCUGAUAAUGAACAAAGACAAAAGAAAGAAAAUACGCGAUUGUUAACGAUGUCUGGCCAUGUUGGUUUUGAGAGUUUGCCUGAUCAGCUGGUCAACCGGUCCAUCCAGCAAGGCUUCUGUUUCAACAUCCUAUGUGUGGGGGAGACUGGAAUUGGGAAAUCAACACUAAUUGACACAUUGUUUAAUACCAAUUUUGAAGACUGUGAAUCCUCACAUUUUUAUCCUCAUGUCAGACUUAAAGCUCAGACGUAUGAACUCCAGGAAAGUAAUGUUCGAUUGAAACUGACUGUUGUGAAUACAGUGGGAUUUGGUGAUCAAAUAAACAAAGAAGAAAGCUACCGACCCAUAGUGGACUACGUUGAUGCUCAGUUUGAGGCAUACCUUCAAGAAGAACUGAAGAUUAAGCGCUCUCUCUUUAACUACCAUGAUUCUCGUAUCCAUGUGUGCCUCUACUUCAUCUCACCCACCGGCCAUUCGCUCAAGACACUUGAUCUCUUAACCAUGAAGAGCCUGGACAGCAAGGUGAACAUUAUCCCAGUGAUUGCCAAAGCAGAUGCAAUUUCUAAAACAGAGUUGCAGAAGUUUAAGAUCAAGCUCAUGAGUGAACUGGUCAGCAAUGGUGUCCAGAUAUACCAGUUCCCAACAGAUGAUGAAACUAUUGCUAAGAUUAAUGCUUCGAUGAAUGGACAUUUGCCGUUUGCUGUGAUCGGAAGUAUGGACGAAGUCAAGGUUGGAAAUAAGAUGGUCAAAGCACGCCAGUACCCUUGGGGUGUUGUGCAAGUGGAAAAUGAAAACCACUGUGACUUUGUCAAGCUCCGGGAAAUGCUGAUCUGCACCAACAUGGAGGACCUGCGGGAACAGACUCACACUCGGCACUAUGAGUUGUACAGGCGCUGCAAGCUGGAGGAGAUGGGCUUCACAGACAUAGGCCCAGAGCACAAGCCUGCCAGUCUUCAAGAGACCUAUGAAGCCAAGAGACAUGAAUUUUAUGGUGAACGUCAGAGAAAGGAAGAAGAGAUGAAGCACAUGUUUGUGCAGCGAGUAAGGGAGAAAGAAGCCAUUCUGAAAGAAGAUGAAAGAGAGCUCCAAGCCAAAUUUGAGCACCUGAAAAGACUUCACCAUGAAGAAAGACUGAAGCUGGAAGAGAAGAGAAGGCUUCUGGAGGAAGAAAUCAUUGCAUUUGCUAAAAAGAAAGCAACCUCUGAGAUAUACCAAACCCAGUCUUACCUGCCUGUCGGCAGCAACCUGAAGAAGGACAAGGACCGCAAAAAGAAACCAAGCCCUACAUUUGAACUCCUGUGCUUUGAUACCUGAACUUGUGAAACCAAUGGUGGACGUAAAGAUGCAGAGGAAGCUCCAGUUUUAUGUAAAACAAGGGUUCCAGAUCACAGAAGGUCAUGACAAGCAAAUGUGAUUAAAGUGUUCGACUUAA